AUGUCAGUGGUUCCAAUUCCACUCCCAUGUUCCGCCGCCCACCGUGUUCACAUAGCCUCCGUCAUCUCUCCUCUCAAGCGUGUUCGUCCAAGAGCUCCAUUCUAUGAACUCUCUGCUCAUCGUGUUCCAACCCUCUGGUCACUGUACCGGGGUUUGCUCAGACAUGCACCAGGGGAAAACAUCCGGUUUCGUGUGCGAAUGAUGUUCAGGAAGAACCAGCACGUUGUGAAGGCGCAUUCUGCGAAAGAGCAACUCGUAAUGGGAUACAAGUGGUUAGAAUCUUUCAAGCGCGCGAAGCAAGGUGAUAUCAGAUUUCAGAACGUUUUAAGCCGGUAUGAAAGAAUGAUUGCCUCCAAGCGCGAGAAGACUGCUUGGAAAAUGCGUAUACUAGAAGCAUUCAAUUGGGAAGCCAAGCUCCGCAGUCGUCCUAUCUUCAAAGGCUCCUUCAUCCGUCCUUCGUUUGACAACAAACUUCUUCCUCGCCUAAUUCCCCAGCCUGCUCACAUAAGUGGAAUGAUCGUGCGCCGACGUCGCGCGCGCGAGCGUCGAUGGGAGCAACGGGAAACAUUGAAGAGCUGGGCACAUGACUUACGGUAUGAGAGUCUCUUCGAGUACGCGUUACUCAAGAGUGCACGAGGCCAGGCUGUCACGGUGGGUGCGGCUCGGCACAUGAAGGGCAAGAUGUUGGGGGACCAUGCCAACCGUUCUGCAGAGGAGGUUGUUCAAUUGCUUCGUGAGGAGCGCCUGUCGUGGACCCCAGUGUACACGGGAGAGGCAAAAUCUCAGUGGGAUGAGCCCCUCCUCAAGCGCCAGGCUGAACUGAAGGAGUGCAUGAUGCGCGAUAUCUCACGGUAUCGUGCUACACCACCCGCUGGACUCGUACUGCAAGGCAAACAAGCACGCAGAGACAAGGUGACAAACAAAACGAGUCAAAGACAGCGUGAAUGCUCUGGUGAAGUUACUGCUACCACCCUUAAACGCCGGCGAAGCGCACCGCCUGCACAUAUCCGAGAGCUCAUGACCCCGAGGCAACUGCUAGUGGACAGGGCGAUAAGGGAACCAAGUGAGGGCGGGUGGUCGGGUGCCGUUAAGGCGCACAUGGGCGUGCAUAUGCACAUGCCCCAAAAGUGGAAGGCCGAGGGCGGGUGGGAAGAUGAAGAAAAGAAGAAACUUCUGGAUGAUAUGGAGAGGGAGAUUCGGGCGGAGAAUGAGAGACGAAGAAAACACAGUAAGCUGGAAGCUGCCCCCUUUUCUGAGUAG